AUGAGUAGGGACAACAACACGUGGGAUGGGAGCUACUCCGUCUCGUGUAGCUACAGCACCCGCCCGGUGACCCCCGCACAAGAAGGCGAACAAAAAAAACAUAAUCACGCCGCGAACGGCGAGGGCUUCCCGGGCUCAGAUCAGCAGCAGCAGCAGCAGCAGCAGCAGAAGGGCGUCUUCAUUCGAGGGGCGGAUCGGCGCGCCCUGCAGAACCUCCGCGUCGUCCGGCGCAACCUCGUCUACGCCAUCGGUCUGUCGCCCAACUUCGCCCAGGUCAACACGCUCAAGCAGCCGGAGUACUUCGGCCAGUACGGCGAAAUCGCCAAGCUUGUCAUCAACCACCACGAGGGCGUCCCCCAGGACGACCCUCGCUACGGCUCGGCCAGCGCGUACAUCACCUUCCGCCGCCAGGAGGACGCGUGGGCGGCCGUCUGCUCCGUCGACGGCUUCCGCCUGAUGGGGCGCACCAUUCGGGCAAGCUUCGGCACGACCAAGUACUGCAACAGCUUCCUGCGAAACCUCCCCUGCAACAACCCGGAUUGCCUCUACCUUCAUGAGCUGGGCGACGAGGAGGACCGUUUCACCAAGGACGAGGUCCAGCUCGGCCUCGCCCGGCACGGGUCCAGCUUCGCGUUCAAGGAAGAGGUCCUCGGAGACCGCGGCAACACGGCCGCCCCCCGGCCGACGAACCCGGUGUUUCCCCCGCCCUGCGCGAUGCUGCCGGCGCCGUACCGAAGAGAGGGCGCCGGGAAGCCCCAGCGAGACGGUGGCAACAUGGGCGUGGGCGGCAGGCAGCAGCACCAGCACCAGCACGAUUGUGAGAUCUACCGCCACGGCAACACGGGGGGGAACGGUCCUCCGCCACCAAAAGCACUGCCGAUGUCGUUGCCACCCUCCCCGCAGGUCUGCCACCCUUGCCGGACCCGUGGCGGCGGUUGCUGUGGAGGAGCGUUUCCGGGAGCUGAGGCGGCGAGGUGGGCGGGCAGCGGCGCCCCGUUGACGCCGGGCUCGCCCCUGCCGCUCGACGGAGGCGGCCUCAGCCUCAGCGGCAGCGACGAGCGGCCCCGCAGGAGGAGGCACCGCGGGCAGCGUGGGCGGAGGGGCGGGGCGACUGGCGCGCCGGGGUUGGUGGGCCACGGCAACGACGGCUGCGGCGGCCCGACGGCGCCCGCGCAGCAGCAAUACGGCCACCACGCCGGCGUGCCGAACGAGUACGGGGAGCAGAUGACCCCCGCCGGUCAACAAGCGAGCCACUUCGAGUUGACGGCGGCGGCGGCGGCGAGAGCGGGUCUGGGGUCGCCGACGGGGGACGUGUUCCGCCUGCCCGACCAUGUUUUCGACCGACCCUUCGAGUUCGGCGGCGGCGGCGGCGGCGGUCGCGCGGACGACCUUUCGAACGGUGGCGGAAACCCGUACUAUCCCGCGCCGCAGCCCGCUCAAGGCUUCGGCGGCGGUUCGUACGGCAGCAGUGCCGGCUGGGGAAAGGGGCGCAACUCCCCCCUGGCCACACCGGAGACGCUAAGCAACACCCCCCCGUUAGAGCUGUCGCCGCUGGACGGCUCGUCCCCUACUUCAGCCUCCGCCUCUUUCCAGGGUUUCGGCUGCGCCGGCGGCGGUGCCUCCGACCCGUCGGCACAAGAGCUGUGGAACCGAACUCAGUACAGCAGCAACAGCGGCUCCUACUCAACCGCCGAGCUCUCCUCUGUGGGGGACCAGCUGGCCGCUCUCUCCUGGGACGACCGCGAGGAUGUCGCCGGGCUCCUACGGUGCUGGGGAAUCGAUCCACGGUUUGGCGGAAGGAAGACGGGACGAAGACGUUGGAACGACCUGGGCGGGGGUGCCGUCCCCGCUGGCUGGAUUUGGGUCCUUGGCCCUGCUCUCGGCGGCGUCUCAAGCAGAGGCGUCUGAGUGGCGUCGUGCAACUCCAAGGUUGUUCGCUUAGGAGAGAACACCCUCUUCUUGUGGAGCGAAACACAAACGAAGAAGAAACACCUGCAUAGGCUAGAUUUGUUCUUAAUUAGUUCCAUCCUGUCUUUCUCUCGACGUCUAUGUACGAGGUCUGGGAUCGGCUUACACAGUAGUUUUUGUAGACAUGGAGGACUAAUGCUGUAGAUUGGCCGUAGCUGGCUUUCCCGUGAAUAUUUGUUAAACGGUAUGAGUUUUUGUCGGGGUCAUAUUGUCGCGGUUCUUUUAUAUCGCGUUUGGGGCAUACAAGGCGUGUCAGCCGCGAAAACGCAACGGUACAUGGAACAUCGUUUGGGGCAAAAACGCACCGUUGCCUGGAAUAUUGUGGAGUUUGGGGGGUGAUGUGUGGGGGGGGGGGGGGAGGGGGGGUACGACAACAGGGUAUGUAGGAUCGGAGGCUGGCCAAGCUUCGUUUCCGAGACAACACGACCCUCGUCACCAGGCCCCGUAAAGGGGUACGCUUGAUGAAGACCAUUUUGUUGGACAUUUUGCUGAGUCGAGGAACACGAACAGCGUGGUAGUCGGCGAGAUCAAAAACGGUUCGUGGGACCCCGUGCGGCAGCUACCAAGUCGUGGGUGCACGAUAUCGGCAAGCUCGGUGAUGAUUGCGGGGAUUAUGCGUGUUUGCGGCACGUUGGUUGGGUGGUGGGUAGCCUCUUCAAAUAGAUGAUGGUACAUCACGUCUCGCGUAGAAAUGACGAACGAGAGCAUACGCCACUGAUCUUUUAUAUCCAGCGCGUUAGUUGGCUUUUGCAGGGCCCGGCCUAAAUCCGCUCGGUUGGAGGGGGGAGAAAAACGCUCACUCCGGGAUGAUCACGAAUACACGUUCUCAAAGAGAGCGGAGUGCGCAGCCAUUGGAAGGGAAGGGGUGAAUCAAGGUAUAGCAGUAUGUGUAUUGGAACACAGAGACAAGCGACGAUUUCCUUGGGAAGCAACGAAGAUUAUAGUAAACCGGAGGGGGGGGGGGGGGAGCAUUUAGUACAUUCUUCGGGGUCAAGCGGGAUCUAGUCGUCUUUUUGGAGGGGUCAGGGUAGUGAAACGGUUGGACGAGCGAACUACGUAUCCUUGGCUCCCGUUAUUUUUGUGGUCCCGCAAAUGCGUUUUUCUGUACACGGAAUCUGAAUUGUGGCCUUGUAGGUUGGUUUCGGAGUAGUAGCGCGUGUUUCCUUUCCAGCCUUUGCGUCGUCGCGUCUGCGAUUUGUUUGAUCGGGCGGUGCACCCAUUAUCAGCAGUAUUGGGGACAAUUUUGAUGUUGCGGCGAGGGGCACACGCCGUCCCUGCUGAGGCCUUCUUGCUAGUAAAACGUUGAACUACCAUGAAUGAACUCAUUGUACAGGAGAGUCGAUUGGGAUUGAAGGUCUUGACGCGUUCCACGGAGUUGGUGGCGAGAGUCCGGGUGAAACGCGAGCAAGCCAACGGAGGAUUUUUUUGUCGGUAGUAUGUCGUCGCAUUCGAUAUCGUACCUGCGCCCGUGCGGCUUCCGUCGACUUCGGGUUUUUGGCUGGAGCUCACUCACUCACGGUAGACGGUUUUCGCCCCGUAAAAAACACAAGGAAAAACAGCACAACCGAGCGCGCCUCGGCGUGUUUUCAUGAAAGUAGGGCGAGUGCCGAUAUUCCCCCUGGUGCCCGGCUGGAGUUGGGCAUGUAAGGACCCACUGGUGUACAAGAUUUUUUAGCAGGUGGAAUGUAGAUGCACGUUUGGUGACUGCGUUUGGCGCACAUACCUACGGACACCGGGAGAACAAAUAAAUGCAUGGGUACGAGC